CAGUGUUAUCACCAAAACUAGGUCGCAAAUGUUGAUUCUCGAAUAAUAUUCCACUUGCGAGGUCAAAAGUGACUAGAAUUUCUCUCUAACCCGAGACUGCGGUAGUGGGUACAGAUAUUCUUACUGUAUACUUAGAUGAAGUGGGUCUCUAACCAGCCGUCUAAUUUUCAAGCGAGUGUAUUGUUCACUGCAAAUAUUUGCAAGACUACAUAUGUGGAGGAAAACACUAACAGAAUUUUUAAGAAAAUACCUAAUUAAAAAAGAAAUAAGCCGUUUAAAAACUAAGACGUGGUGACAAUAUCUGACACAGCUGAUGAUUUUUGAGUAAUACCAUAAAAGCUGAAAUCAUGGUAUUCUUUGACAGAGAUAAGAAGUUGCAUUACCUAAGAAUAUUAGAUCCAUCCUAUGAUAAGCUCAGUUUUGAAGAAGAUCCACAACGGUUGCGGCUGGAGGACCUGGCAGGCUGGACCGAGUUGCGUGCAAGUUUUGCCGAACUCAAUGCACUUCCAGCAACGAUUGGGUGGUGUAAGAAUCUAAAAGAACUUUACUUGCAAGGCAACAACUUGACGUCGCUACCGAUCUCUCUGUGUUACGCCAAAAAUCUCACAGUUUUAGACAUUUGUGCCAACAGCCUGUAUGAAUUCCCUCUUUCUAUAUGCAAUAACGAGAAUUUAGAAACAAUAUAUCUUAGCGGCAACCACUUACACAACAUUCCCCCAGAUGUGUCAAAACUGACUAAACUGAAACGUUUAUGUUUAAGUGACAAUCAGUUCACGAUAUUUCCUGAGGAAGUGUGCAAUAUUCCGAAUCUCGAAGUUUUAUACCUGUGGCGAAACAUAUUAUCUUCGCUACCAGAAGCCACGACCAAUCUGUCAAAGUUAUAAACACUUGAUAUUUCGAGGAACAGUUUCCUUGAAUUCCCAACGCCUGUUUGUUUUCUUCAAUCAAUUGAGUCCUUGAACAUUUCUGGUAACAGAAUAGAGGUUAUUCCAAAUGAUAUUUCAAGACUGACCAAUAUGUUGAUAUUUGACAUUAGAUGGACUGGUGUAACAAAGUUGCCGUCUUCUAUGUCACAACUAACGCAAUUAAAGUCGUUACUGUUAGAGGAAGACAGCAUGGUAAGACCACCUGCCACAAUUUGCCAGCAUGGAACUGACGCAAUUCUCCAGUAUUUGUUCGCACUGCUGGAAACCAGAGCAACUAAGGCAUGUACCCUGCAGCUAAAUUUCUUGGGCGAGGUGGCGCGAGGCAAGACCAGUUUGUCAAGAACAUUGCAAUCUGGGACGCCAUCCUUAACCUCUUCCGUAGAUAGAACAUCGGUUGUUGAGCAAGGCACAUGGAACCCAGAGGACCACAUACGAUUUAACAUCAACGAUUUUGGCGGCCACCAAUCGUACAGAGUGGGGCACCCGCUGUUCAUCUCAGAGGCUGGUGUUGUAUGUAUCGUGUUUAACUCCCUUCAGUAUGAUCCAUUAUCGGAAGAGGAUUUUACGAACAACAUUGGCGACUGGAUUGACAUGAUUCAGUCUAGAUAUCCUGGUAUAGACUUGGUGGUUUUGGGUACACAUGUUGACAGGUGCGAUGAAGUGAAAGUUGAUGAAAUCCGUUGCAGUAUACAACGAAGAAUGCAGGCUCAAGCUGAGAAAAAGCAAAUGUUGCUGGACCAACAAAUCGAACAUUUGGAGGAACAGAUUAGUAGAAACAGACGUUGCGAUCUCCCUUUCCUGGAGGCUUAUCGAGACAAGUAUGAAAAUCUGAAGUCUCUACGUGAAUGCACUAAAAAUAAAACUCAUCCAAUUUUCAUGGUCAGUUCACAAACAUUGCUUGGGUUUGGCGAUCUAGAAAUAUAUCUUAUAAAAUUAGCAGAGGCAAAGAAAGUGGAACUGCCAAAACGCUGGUUAGAUUUAGCUAGCACUAUACUAAAAGAUUCAGGGAACUUGCUCACAAUCGACUACGAUUAUCUUAGACAGAAAUUCAUGAAGUUGAACGAUGUAACCAUAGACUUGGCGCCUACCAAUGCGAGCAGUGAAUUUAAUAAUGUUAUGUGCUUUCUUGCUUCCAGCGGAGAAAUCAUUUGGUUCGAAAAGCACCCUGCCUUGAAAAAUACCAUUUUUCAUAGACAGCGACUACUUGCCGACUUACUACGGGUUGUACUGGACCACAAUAAUUACGCUCGAGUUAACUUUUUUCUUCAGGAAGGUUUAAUUACACAGAUGGAGAUGGACGACUACACUUUAAGAGGAAUCGUCUCCAGAAAUCUGUUGAAGAAUUUGUGGAAGACAUUCAACCUUAACCAUUUUGACAUUGACACAAUGACAGAAUUGCUGAAAUCAUUGGAGCUGUGUUAUGAGGUACCAUGCAAAUCCAUUAUGAGCAAAGACAGUGCCUACCAUUUCCCUUGUUUGUUGACGGAAGGGAAACCAGAGCAUCUUUCAACAAAAUGGCCGCACGAGAUUUCCCAUGAAAAGCACCAAUUAAGCCUGAGAUUUCAGUUCCAUCAUGGAUGCCCUUGCGGUGUAUACGAAAAAUUCUCAGUCAGACUACAUAGGCACUUAGGGCUGUUCAAGUUGCGGAGGGUAGAUUGGAAAGAUGGCUUGUAUGCAGAGUUGGGAGCCAACAGCAUUCUGGUUCUCCGCCAGCAGCGUGGCAGAGAAUGCACUAUCACCAUCUCCGUUCGGGGAAAGAAAAUACCACAGUUGUGGGAACAUCUGUUAAAUGCACAUAACGACUUGCUGAAAAUCCAAACUCGAGAUUGGCCAGGACUGCAUUUCACCAAGCACCUAAUCUGCCCCCACUGUGAGCGCCUAUGCUUGCCAAACCCUUCCGUCUUCCCUGGCGAGAUAUUGGACCUUGAACGGCCCUCAAAUGAAACUCGUGGUUUCUACUCUACGGUGCCGUGUGACAAUGCCGUGCCUGACAGGUGUAUACCCGCCAGCAUGGUGAUACCGGCCAUGGCAGAAUUUGCUCCCAUGGCCGAGUACAAUAAGGCAGCACUCCGCGCCCACCAGAAGGCGCUGGUUGACGAUAUCACAGAGCCGUGCUUGCGGGACGUCCUGCUACGGUUCCAGCAAGAGGGCAUAUUCUCUGAACGAGAGGUGCUGACGGUGAAGAGUCGCGAUUCACAAAGAGAGAGGAAUGUUAUCUUCCUUGACAUCCUCAGGACUAAAGAAGAGAGAGCAUUUUAUGAGUUUACGCGAUACUUGGGAGCCAACGGACAGCUUCAUCUCAGCGAACUCCUCCAGUUAUAGUAUAUUUGGAGAACGUUUGUGUUAUAUGAUUAAUGAAAUCUUAAGACAAAGAUCGGUGCUCAGGCUGCACAUUCAUUGUUUACAGUUUAUUUUCUGUCGAAGGAUGGACUUAAUACGGAUUUCGAAAAGAAAUUAAUGCAAUAUGCAAUGGCAUAUAAUACUGCAGUAUUCCGUAACUUUUCUCUCUGGGAAUAACUCGAACCUUGGACAUAAUAACGAAUUGAUACCAAAACUUUUCUGAGUCAGAUUAGAGCCCCUAGAAUUAACUAUCUUACAUAAAGAAACCCUUCUGUAAAUGUGAGAACCCAAUGCGUCUUGAUGUUAGUGAAAGGGUACAUAUUGAUGUACAUGUAUGUCAGACAACCUUGGGUAUUGUAACCUCGCCCUAAACAAUUUGAUAGACUUAAUUUUUGCAUAUUGGUGUGGUUGAAAGAUCAAGAUAAAGGAUAACUUCUA